AUGGCAUCUUUAAUUAGUAGGAGCUUUAAUGGCUGCGACAUCAACUCCAAGCGCAAGAGGCAGAAUGCGGCCUCCGAUAACUGCAAGUUGUUCCGUAAUAAGAUCUUGACUCCGACAAUCCUCAUUGGCAUUCCGCGCCGAUGGAGGUUUCAGGUAUCUGUCUCUUCGGGGUAUUCUCAAUCUACUCAGCUGGAAGGGGGGAGUACACAGAAGCAGCAGGCUGGCGCUACCAAUGGUGAUGGUGCUUCGCCUGCUGGUGUGGCCUGGAAGUGCUGCAUUCGAUCGACGGCACCGCUGCUCGGGGACUCCGGCGCACGACUAAGCAUUGUCGUUAUUGACACUCAUAGCGAGCUAAGGAGUACUAUCUUUGAGGUCGACUCGUGGCGCCCACCGAAGGAGAUCACCCGCAGCGAUGGCACCAUCGGCUGGGAACGCGAGGGCGCGAUUUUCCUGCCAGCCGAAAUUAAGUCCCCAGGAGCAGUGCUGGUUCGCAAGCAGGAUAACCAACACGGCGAGCUUUCGCAGGAUUACAUUGCCUCCAUAGACCUCACCUGUGCCACCUCCGUCCAUACCAUCACCGCCAACAGCUGGGUUUCCUCAGAUCACGGUUGGCGUGUGUUUUUCUCGGGAGUUGCCUACCUGCCCAAGGACACCCCCCCGACCCUGGCAGAUGAGCGCCGGGACGAGCUGCGGGCUCUGCAGGGUACCCCUGAGACUCGUCUGGAGAAACGGAAGGACACGGACCGAAUUUACUGGUACCAGGUGUACAGCGAUCUCAGCUCCGGCAAGACUGGCGCUCUUGUUCGUCCCAACCUGGGAGAUUCCAAGGCCCUGCCAUACCCUCGCCGUCUCGCCACCAACCGCGGUGAUGAGCGGGAUGGCCGGGAGAAGGCACCCCAGCAAGGCAAAGACCUGUGGCUGCCGCUGGAUGAUCAGUUCAGUUUCGACAAGUCCUCUGACUUCAAUGGAGCAGCCCUCCAGGGGUCCCUGGCAGCCGCUAUUGCAACAAUUGCAGAGGCUGCCAACGCAAGCAGUCGCUCCCCCGUCACCCUACUGCCCACGCUGGUCAUCGGAGCCGCCAGGCAGGUCCUGGGCAAGAUACUGCCCGGAGUGGAGAGCCCCCUGGACAACUUCGAGGACUUCAAGGAUGUCAUUGCGAUGUACAAAAAGUCUAGCGGCUCCUUCAAGAGCCUCCUCCCCACGGACCUCUAUCCCCAGGGCGCAAACGGCGGUGCUGCUGCUGACAUGAACGGGAAGCCAUCAAAGGUGUCACCGUUCAAGUCAGCUGACGGCGGUUGGGAAUUCCAGCUGAGCAAGGAGGCGGCGGCCAAGGUGGACAGCUACACGGCCGAGCUGAGGGUGGGCCCUGUGUACGGAUCUGCUACCGGCACCCCAGCUGCUCGCAGCUUCUUCGCAAAGGAUUCCAAGCCCGGAGCGAGCAAGACGGACGAGCGGCUCGGAUCAAAGCUAUGGAACUUGGUGACUGGCAAUACACCGACCAUUAACAACCUCCUGUAUUUUAACCCUCCCCGCGUGCUGGAUGGUCGCCCGGACGCCUGGCACUGCGACCUGGAGUUUGGUCGCCAGGCUGUGGCAGGUUACAACCCGUGUGUCAUCACCGCCCUCACAAAACUGCCAGAGAGCUUUGGAAGCGCAAUUCGGGGGGAGCACAUCAAUGGUAUGACUGACCUGCAGGGGGCCACCCUGGAGCAGUUGGUUUCGGAGGCGGCGGCGGGCGGCAAGCCCCGGCUGUACUCAAUUGACUAUUGGGAUCUGUCGGCUUUCUGGGAGGCAGCGGCCAACGAGCGCAUCAAGGAUGUGGUCCAGCACGCGGGCCGUGCCAUCCUCUACCUGCGGAAGGAUGAGCAGGGCAAUGAUGCGGGCCUUAUCCCCGUGGCCAUCGAGCUAGCCCAUUCCAAGACCCACGCGAAGAACCCUGGUCUGGCCCGCACUGCCGGCCAGGUUUACUCUCGCUCCCAGCUCUCCGCUGACACCGCCACUCUGGCUGUGUGGCGACUCGCUAAGAUGAUCUUCAAGUCGCUGGACUCGUCGUUCCACCAACUGAUCAGCCACUGGAAUCGCACCCACUGCGUGCUGGAGCCGUUCUUCAUCGCCCUUCGGCGACAUGUUAGCGUCAUGCAUCCGGUUUACAAGCUGAUGCUGCCGCACUUCCGCUACACCCUGAACAUCAAUCGCGACGCUCGCUCAGGACUAAUCAACGCGGGCGGAAUCAUAGAGAAGUCCUUUUCUGCGGGGCCUUAUGCCAUGCGCCUAGCAUCCGUUGUGUACGGCAAGUACUGGAACUUCGCCACGGAGGCUCUUCCGGAGGACCUCAAGACCCGGGGUAUGGUGGACCCCACUGGCAAGCCCUGGCUCGAUUAUCCGUACGCAACUGACGGCUUGGAUCUGUGGAACGCACUGACGUCGUACUUCGACACGUACCUGAAGCUGUACUACAAGAGUGAUGAGGAUGUGAAGGGGGAUACGGAACUGCAGGCUUGGUGGCAUGAGGUCAAGACCGAAGGCCACCCCGAUCUCAUCCGCUUUGGACUCCGCCCCGGGGGCGAAACCCAGCUCUGGGGUUUUGAGGGUCCUAUCCCUUCCGUACAGCAGCUUGUACGGGUGCUCGUCACCAUUGCCUGGCUGGCGUCAGGCCAUCACGCUGCGGUCAACUUUGGGCAGUACGACUACACGAGCUUCGUCCUCAACGCUUCUUCGUUGGUACGGCGGCCCAUGCCGGCGCCGGGGGAUGAGAGCUGGGAGGAGCUGACACGCGCCCGCGUCGGUCCGACCCAGGAGGGUAUUCUUAUGACGUACCUUGCUGACCCGCUCACCGCCGUCACGGUACGGCAAUGGGAUGGUGCACUGUACGGCAACGGGUCGCCGCCACUGUCAAGUUGUUGUCAAGUCACGCCAGGGAUGAGCACACCCUGGAUGAGGUCAACGAACAGCUUGUGGGAUGAGCAAGGCAAUGAUGCGGGCCUUAUCCCCGUGGCCAUCGAGCUAGCCCAUUCCAAGACCCACGCGAAGAACCCUGGUCUGGCCCGCACUGCCGGCCAGGUUUACUCUCGCUCCCAGCUCUCCGCUGACACCGCCACUCUAGCUGCGUGGCGACUCGCUAAGAUGAUCUUCAAGUCGCUGGACUCGUUGUUCCACCAACUGAUCAGCCACUGGAAUCGCACCCACUGCGUGCUGGAGCCGUUCUUCAUCGCCCUUCGGCGACAUGUUAGCGUCAUGCAUCCGGUAUACAAGCUGAUGCUGCCGCACUUCCGCUACACCCUGAACAUCAAUCGUGACGCUCGCUCGGGCCUAAUCAACGCGGGCGGAAUCAUAGAGAAGUCCUUUUCUGCGGGGCCUUACGCCAUGCGCCUAGCAUCCGUUGUGUACGGCAAGUACUGGAACUUCGCCACGGAGGCUCUUCCGGAGGACCUCAAGACCCGGGGUAUGGUGGACCCCACUGGCAAGCCCUGGCUCGAUUAUCCGUACGCCACUGACGGCUUGGAUCUGUGGAACGCACUGACGUCGUACUUCGACACGUACCUGAACCUGUACUACAAGAGUGAUGAGGAUGUGAAGGGGGAUGCGGAACUGCAGGCUUGGUGGCAUGAGGUCAAGACCGAAGGCCACCCCGAUCUCAUCCGCUUUGGACUCCGCCCCGGGGGCGAAACCCAGCUCUGGGGUUUUGAGGGUCCUAUCCCUUCCGUACAGCAGCUUGUACGGGUGCUCGUCACCAUUGCCUGGCUGGCGUCAGGCCAUCACGCUGCGGUCAACUUUGGGCAGUACGACUACACGAGCUUCGUCCUCAACGCUUCUUCGUUGGUACGGCGGCCCAUGCCGGCGCCGGGGGAUGAGGGCUGGGAGGAGCUGACACGCGCCCGCGUCGGUCCCACCCAGGAGGGUAUUCUCAUGACGUACCUUGCUGACCCGCUCACCGCCGUCACGGUCGCCGCCACUGUCAAGUUGUUGUCAAGUCACGCCAGGGAUGAGCACACCCUGGAUGAGGUCAACGAACAGCUUGUGGAUCCCGCCGCCCGCGAGGCGAACCGGGCUUUCAUCGGCGCCAUGAAGCGCCUGGAGGAAACCAUUGAAAUGAGGAAUGCGGACGUGGCUAACUGGGCCCGAUUCGGCCUGGCGACAGAUGACACAGCCGGCCCGCUGCCGUACACGCUACUUGUGCCGGGUUCGCAGGCGGGUGUUACGAUGCGCGGCGUGCCGUACUCGGUUUCCAUCUAA